CCCUCUGCUAUUGAGCAUGGUCAUCGGAAACAAGAGGAUCACCAGAUCCAGGAUGUGAUUAUCAUGGCACCUGCAUUACUGAUUCUAUUGUGGGCUACAGUGAUACUGAAAGCAGACUUACUUCCUGAUAAAAAAUCUUUACUUCUCCCACCUACCAACUUCACCAUUACAGUUAUUGGUUUAGCCCAAGUCCUUUUACAUUGGGAACCAAAUCCUGAUCAAGAACCAAAUAACGUGGAACUAGGCUAUCACGUGAGAAUAAAUGCUCCACAAGAAGAAGAUUAUGAAACCAGAAACACUGAAAGCAAACUCGUAACCGUUCUUCAUCAAGGCUUUUCAGCAAGUGUGCAGACCAUCCUAUGGGAUGGCCACUCCCUCCUGCCAAGCGACUGGGUUUCUGCGGAGCUUAAAGCCCCACCAGGGUCUCCUGGAACCUCGAUUGUGAAUUUAACGUGUACCACAAACACAGUAUUCAAUAACUCUAAUCCGUUAAGACCCUACCAAGUCUCUCUGCACUGUACCUGGCUGGUUGGCAAGGAUGCCCCGGAGGAUACACAAUAUUUCCUCUACUACAGGUACGGCUCCAUGACCGAAGAAUGCCAAGAGUACAGGAAAGACACCCUGAAGAGAAAUAUUGCAUGCUGGUUUCCGAGGACUUUUAUCAGUAGCAGAGGGAGUGACUCACUGGCAGUGCAAGUAAAGGGCUCGAGCAAGCAUACUAUAAUCAAGCCCUUUGAUCAGCUAUUUGCUCUUCAUGAAAUUGAUCGAAUUAAUCCUCCAGAGAAUGUCACAGCAGUGAUUGAAGGAAGCGGUCUUUCUAUUCAGUGGAAGAAACCUGUUUCUGCCUUUCCAAUUCACUGCUUUGAAUAUGAAGUGAAAAUUUAUAACACAAGGAAAAAUUAUUUCCAGACGGAAAAAAUAACAACGAAUGCAUUCAUCUCGAUAAUUGAUGAUAUUUCUAAGUAUUCCAUUCAAGUGAGGGCAGCAGUGAGCUCUGUGUGCAGACAGACGGGGUUUUGGAGUGAGUGGAGUCAACCUCUACAUGUGGGAAAUGAUGAUCAGAAGCCCUUCACCGAAUGGUUUCUUAUCGUGCUUAUGGCAACCAUCUGCUUCAUUUUGUUAAUUUUCUCCCUCAUCUGUAAAAUAGGUCACUUAUGGAACAGGUUGUUUCCACCGGUUCCGGCACCAAAAAGCAGUAUUAAAGAUUUCUUUGUAAUCGUCAACUCUGAGAAAACUGUUUCCAGUGAAACAGAAAUUGAAGUCAUAAGUUAUGUGGAAGAGCCUGGAUUUGAGACCCUGGAAGAUUCUGUGUUUUGAUUGGCACUGUAACAUUCUCAGAAAUGAACUCACACUCACAUGCCUCAGUGAUAAGAAGAACGGGAACUGUUGUUUCUUGGCCAAGAAGAGUUCUGGAUUUACUGAACACUCGGUUUAGCUGCAAGGCAAUACUCCCAGACAAAUCUCUUAAAAGCAUGGAUGCCUCAUCAAAGACUCUGUACUCAUUCAGGGUGAUUGAUCAAUCUGACCAUUCUGCUAGGUCUUUUCUCCCCACUCUGCAGGGCACCAACUUCUCACCUGCCAGUCGUGGUGAUUUACAUUACGUACCUCAAACUUUUGUGCAAGAGACAGUUUUUAAGGCUGAUGUCAACUGGCAGAGCUGGUUUUACAGCUGAAGCUGCCAAUGGUAAUACUUAACUGAAAUAUCAGGAAGAAAGCAUUUUGUACCAGCCUGGAGUUAAUUACGAACUUAGAUUCAAGGCUGUCUUUCCUAGAGCAAGUGGGAGCUUUUUUCUUUUUCUUUCUUUUCUUUUCUUUUUUUUUAGUAUUCUAGAAUACUUUUUCAAGAAGUGUAUGGAGGCAGAAGGUGGAAGAGAGAGAGAAGGCUUAUCUUCAGCUCUAUAGGUAGGAUUUAGGAAGCACAAUUUGAGGCAAACUCGUUAAAAAUAUUCAGAGCUGAUAUGUCACUCCAGACCAAAGCAGAGAAUAGGAUUUUGUUUGAGAUUAUAUUCUUGAAGGCAGCCUUGAUAUUUGGGAAUAUACUGAAGAAGGCGUUAGGUAGAAUUGGGUUGGAAAGGGGAUUGCUCAAUCAAGAAUGAACUUUCUGGAGAGAUGUUUGCUUACAAAUAUUUUAGAAGCAACUUCUCAGGUGCUGUUCAAGUAGCUCUGGGUCAAUCCUAGCCUUUUAGGUUUGGAAGGCAUCCUACAAACAUCCCAAUCUAAACAUCCUCCCAUAUGAGUCUGCAUUGAGAUUGGAGGCUUCUGUGAUGGGGAAUGGGCUACUGGUAGAAACAAGUACAUACAGGUAUGUCCAGGGCAGAGCAGAGGUAGGAAGGAACAAUUAGUACUUGAAAGGACCCCGGCAGUGCUGCUGGUACCUGUCCUGGAGUAGGAUGCUUAGGACAGGGAGAGGUCGUAGUGUUCAGACCCCCCAUAUGAUAGCACAUACCGGAUGCUUUUCAGAGUUGUUUUAGUUAACGGGAUUCAAUAAUGGGACAUACUGACUACCAAAUACUUCCAGAGGGUGUUCUUUUGGUAACCAUCCAUUGAGACUAGCAGGGAGUUGGACCCAGAACAAUAGAGACAGCAGUAUGACACCUACCAGUUAUUGCCUGUUUCCAAGUAUUAUGGGCUGAAUGUUUGUGCCCGUCCCCCUCCAAUUCAUGUUGAAGCUCUACACCCCAAUGUGAUGGUCUUAGGAUGGUGGGAGGGGGCUUUGAGAGGUGAUUAGGUCAUGAAGGUGGAGACCUCAUGAAUGGAAUUAGUGCUCUUUUAAAGGGCCCCCACAGAGUGUUCUUUCCCCCAUGUAAGGAUAUGAGAAGUUGGCAUUCUGCAACCAGGAAGAGGGCUCUCCCAAGAACCCUGCCAUGUGGGCUCCUUGAACUAGGAAUAGCAGCCUCCAGAAAUGAGAAAUAUAUUCCUGUUGUUUCUAAGUCA